CGUAAGCUAAGAAAAACUGAAGCCAAAUUCCCUGUACCCUAUGUGUUCACAUACUUGGCCAAUAAAGCUGAUUCUGGUUCUGAUAUGACUGUUAACCAUCACAUCAUUCUAUCAUGAACAACUCAUUUCAUUCAUGCUGCAACAACACCUCUGCUGCAUCUUAGCUUUGCUUAUUAUCCAGGCCAAUAUGGAGAAAUAUUUGAUUAAUGUAGCAUCAUCAAAUGACACUAAGGUCAAAAUAGCUAAUUUGAGGAAAAGGUUUUACUGAAAACCACACUGGGGGACUAAAAUGGAAAGAGCUUGCUUGUUUAGUAAUGAGCCAAGGUGGGAGACUAGAACUUGCCAUGUGUUUUCAUUUAUAGGGAACAAAGCCUUGAAGCCAGCCAAGAUAAAUUAACAUCUGAUCGCAAAUCGCUUGGAGUAUAAGGGAUUGUUCUCGUUAUUGUAUCUUCUGUCAAUUAUUUUAAAGUUUGACAUCUUGAAAAGCAGCUUUAGACUAGUCAUUAUAAAUCUUUGGUACUCAAACCUUUAAGACAGAUGUCAAGUUUAGUCCAUAAUGUUCCAUCUUAUUAGAGUCUUCUGUGCUAAGAGGUUUGUCCCUUUAACCAUGGGCUCAUGUGCAAUUUAGUGUCUUUCUUUAUCUCUCCUGCAUCUUAGUCAAGGUGUUUGCUAUGACCAAUGCCAACAGUAGCCGUAGUAAAAGAAUUAGUGUGUGUUUGCUUUCCACAGAAUUCUGCCCUCCCCUUUCAGCCUGUGCCAAGAAGGCAGCAACAACAAGUACUAUAUUAAAGAGGCUUUGUGUAUGUAAUGCUCAGUCAAGUGUGUGUUUUAGCACUCAGCAGUGUAUGCCACAGUUUGGGGCUUUCUGUGGCUUCUUUGCACUUUGGAAGGGCUUCCAGGCUGAUCUUUUGUAAGACAUCACCAUGAACUGGGCCUUCCUCGAGGGCCUCCUUAGUGGGGUUAACAAGUACUCCACAGCGUUUGGUCGUAUUUGGCUCGCCAUCGUUUUCAUCUUUCGGCUCUUGGUUUUCCUGGUGGCUUGCGAGAAGGUCUGGGGAGAUGAGCAGAAGGACUUCGAUUGCAACACUCGUCAACCAGGUUGUCAGAAUGUCUGCUAUGACCACUACUACCCUGUGUCCUACACCCGACUCUGGGCUCUUCAGCUCAUCUUCGUUACCUGUCCGUCCCUUCUCGUGACACUCCAUGUGAGCUACAGGGACGAACGCGAGCGCAAACACCGGCUGAAGUAUGGCGAAAACUGCACCCCUCUCUACGAUAACACAGGGAAGAAGCGAGGAGGUCUAUGGUGGACCUAUUUCUUAAGCCUGCUGUUUAAGAUAACUGUAGAUACUGUGUUUGUGUUCCUACUCUUCUACAUCUACGAGGCCACCUUCUUUCCACCACUGGUCAAAUGCAGCGAAGACCCAUGUCCCAAUGUGGUGGACUGCUACAUUGCCAGGCCCACGGAGAAGAGAAUCUUCACCGUCUUCAUGGUGGUUACCAGCUUCAUAUGCAUCUUCCUGACCUUAUUAGAGGUUAUCUAUCUCUGUGGGAAGAGGUUCUCAGAGUGCUGUGGAGGAGAACAUCGCUCCAUGAGAGAAAACUCCUUCAUGAUGGUCAGAACUCCUCUGACAGCGAAGCAGAAGUCGCCAUAUGAGGAGAACGAGAAGAACAUGAAGACAGAAAAAGGCAAUGGAGAAGCAGGCAAAGAAAGUACAGCCCCUCCGUACAGCAUCGCCUUGUCCUGAGAGACAUGAUAGAGUUUGAGAGAAACUAUUUUGUUCUAUUGGCCAGAAGUUUUUGGAAGAGCCUGUUUUUAACCCUCCGAUUGUGUUUGAGUUGAUUUGAGUCAGGUGGAAUAAGGUUUCUAAAGAGCUACAUAAACACAACAAAACCAUUAUUUAAAAUGUUUCUGUCCAUAACAUCUGUAAUGUAUAGAUUACACCUAACCCAACAAAAAAUAUUGAAGAUUCUGUUUGAUUGUGAGGAUAAAACUUCACCUAAAUUCAACUCAACAUCCUGCUUUGAUCUGUAAAACAAGCGCAAUAUGAAGGUUAAGAAAAAUGUUUACAAAUAUCUUAAUUUUUUUAAAUUGCUUUUUGUCCCUGUAUGUAAUGCUUUUUUUUAUAACCUUUAAUCUGAAGUACAUGGGUGAUUUAUUUUGCACAUUUAUAUAAUUACUUGUUACGUGAGAUUAUUUUCUGCAUUUAAAUGUAAUGAAACCAAAAUAAAAUUGCUGGACUUAUUUUCUGUGUGUACACUAGAAUGUAAACUGAAACACAAAUAUAUUUUUAUGUAAGAACACAUAACA